AUGCCAACGACAGACGAACUGGGCAGUGGCUGCCGACAAUUCAUGCUGAGUCCCCCGAAGCGGGCUUCAAGGAGAACUUUUUGUCACCGGACAGUUCUGAUGAGGAGCUGCAACAGUCAUGGUUCAGUCGUGGGAGUUCAUUCCGAUGUCAAUGAGCAUGAGUUGAAUUCAGGUGGCCCCGAGUUUCGGGUUUCGGCGGCCGGGAUUGGACGGCUGGAUCAUCGAAAGCGGUGGAUUGGGGGUUCCCGGUCCAGAUGGACGUUUCGAGCGGACACCCAGGGCGGGGGCGAUAGGCCAUCCACCAACGACCGGAAGGCCGCCUCGGAAGUGGAUCAGGCCUCUUAUGCCAACUUCUCCGAGUUUGCUUUUCCAAAGAUGCCGGGACACCCAGCUGGUGCAGUGAAGAUAGGUGCAUUGUUGGGAUGGGUGCUGUCCAGUGUCCAUGUGCUCCAUGUGCUCCAUGUGCUCCAUGUUCUGCUGGAUGUUGUCAAGCAGUCCCCCAGAAGCCCUGAGCGCCGCGGCAGCCACGUGGCCACGGCGCGGCUGCACGUGCGCGACGCGGUACAAGACGCCGCGGCCGCGGCGGCGCUCACGGUGUCCUCCAUGGGCUCGGAGCUCGGUGCUAUGCCCGUGGAGUUCCCCGGUGAUGCGGCUCAGCAGCCUUCAGGCAAAGGCGUCACGCAACCGGGAGGUUCGAGGCCGCGCUUUGCAGAAAUCAAGGAGCACGGUGCCUGGAAGUCGGUGAUCGAUGAAGAGGGCCCACAUCCCGAGACCGAGGAGCUUAGUUCAGAGGUGGCCCGUCGUAUCCAGAGGACCGAGAGUCAAAUGAGUUCACAACUGGAGAUCCUUGGACCAGGCGAGUGCUUCUUGUCACCGCCCACACCACAACGGGGCACACGCACCAUUAGCGGCGUCUUCGAUACCAUGUCCAUUGCCGCCUCCUGCGCACCCUCCAUGGCACCCUCAGUGGCGCAAUCACCGCACGUGACCAUGGCCAUUUCUUCCGGGCAGGACUUUGGCUUUCCAGGCAACUCGCUGAGCAUGUCUCCCAGUAACGAGGAGUGCCCUUGUGACAAGGACACUUUGCUAGUCCGAAUCCUGAGCCCCGUGGAUGGCAAGGAGGAGUGGCGCUUCCGCUGUCCCUUGGAGGCGGACUCCGAGCAGCAAUUCCUUGCGACGUUGGAUCGGCUCUGCUUACAUCAUGUCGGCCAACCACUGGCAGGCUUGAACUGGCUGAUCCGCGAGAAUGAAGCCUUCGAUCGUUGGCAACGUCGGAAAUGCGACGUGAGGAUGGUGGAAGAUCUCUUUGACGAAUGGCAACAGGCCGCCAAGGCGGCUAAGGACUCAUCAAAGGGUGGCGCAGUUCUUCAUUUAUGCACCAUACCUGUACAGCCAGCCACGGAACUUCCUCCUGGCAAGGUUCGUCUUAAACGUUUGUCGCCCAUGCGGGUCACACAGUCCGUCGCCGUACAGCUCGAGACCACCGUGCUGGAGGUUGGGCCAGUGUACAGUGUGGCAUUUACCCAUCAGUGGAGCAACAUGACCUACUCGGUCGAGGCAAAGGUGCUUCCGAACAAGAAAGGCGUUGAAGCACUGUGUCCUCCUGGGAUGUUUAGCGUCUCCAGCAACGAGGGCCUCUACGACGUGCACUUGGUGAUUGACAGCAGUUCCAGGUCGAAGAAUCACCAGACGUUGACGGUCGGGUCCACGGAGAGUGAUCUGGAUUCCUCUGCCAAGUCUGAGUCGACCAGUUCCUUCGUACCCAUCGAGAGGAAACACUCCACCUGUCACUCUGAGAUCUUCAGGGCCGAGCCGCUGAAAAAUGAUGCCACGGCACCACGAUGA